AUGGGUGGAGGAGGAAAUAUAGAUCUUAUUUGGAAAGAUGGAAAUGAAAUUAUGGAUCACUUUAUUUCGGAAGGAGAUUUAAAAUGGAUUCCUUAUGAUAAACUUAAAAAUGUUGAAUAUCUUGAUAAAGGAGGAUUUGGUACUAUAUACAGAGCUAUUUGGUUAAAUGAUAAUGAAAAUAGUAAAGUAAUUCUUAAAUGUCUCAAUAACUUAAAUGAAAACUUAAAUGAAUUUUUAAAUGAAUGGAAAUAUCAUAAAAGCUGUUUAGGUACAGAUACUUUAAAAUAUAUGGUAGUAAUGGAUUAUGCAAACAAAGGUAAUUUAAGAGGAAACUUAACAAUAAUAAUCAAAUAUAAUUGGAAUCAAAGAUUAGAUAUAUUAUAUAAAGUUAUUUCUGGACUUAGUGUUAUACAUAAUCAAAAUCUUAUUCAUUGUGAUUUUCAUGAUGGCAAUAUUUUAAAUCACAAUAAUGAGGAUGAGGAUAACUUUUAUAUUAGUGAUUUGGGAUUAUGUCGACCUAUAAAAUCAUCUUUGAAAAAAUAUGAUAUUUAUGGUGUUAUACCAUUUAUGGCACCUGAAGUUUUAAGAGGAAAAUCUUAUAUUCCAGCUAGUGAUAUAUAUAGUUUUUCUAUGAUUAUGUGGGAAUUUACAUCUGGGGUACCACCAUUUAAUAAUAGAGAACAUGAUUUUCAACUUAGUUUAAGUAUUUGUAAAGGCGAACGUCCUGAAAUUAUUGAAAAUACUCCACAAUGUUAUGCAGAUUUAAUGAAAAAAUGUUGGGAUGAGGAUCCAUUAAAAAGGCCAUCUGCUAAUGAAGUGUCUGAUAUUAUUGAAAAAUGGAUUAUUCAGCCUAGAGGAAAGAAAAUUAAUGAAGAAUUAAAACGCAGUGUUAUAUAA